ACAUCUAGAGAUAUUUGUCGUACAUUUUUUUUACUUUUUACUCGGCAAUUAUCUCCGAAUUGAAAUAUGUAAUUUUUAAUUUUUAGUUUAGUUAUCUAAUACAUUGCGAUUCAAUUCAUUUGAGAAAUAGAAAGUUGACUUCAAAUAGAUGUGUAUUUAUAUUUGAGUAAGCUUCGAUUUAUGUAAUGCGCGUAUUAAUGCUAGAAAUCAUAUAAAUAAACAAAUAUGUGAACAAGUCUGAUAAUAUUUAGCUUUGUUAAAAGUCGACUUUCUCUUUGCUUGUUGCAUGAUACAUCACCACAUCGUUACAAUCAUUAAUUAGCAUAAUUGAUAAAAAUUUUAUUUCAACAAAAAGAAAAAAAAAUAAUUGAAGAUGGAAUUGACGUAAAAAAGAUAAUUUUAUAUAGAUCAUGUGUGUGUCUGUAUAUAUAUAUAUAUAUAUAUAUAUAUAUAUAUGUAUAUAUAUAUAUAUGUAUAUAUAUAUAUAUGUAUAUAUGUAUAUAUAUGUAUAUAUAUAUAUAUAUAUAUGUAUAUAUAUGUGUGUGUGUGUGAUUACGCUCUAACGAAUUAUAUUGUUUUUUUUGUGGGUUUUGUAAAAUCUAUUUUUCUUAAUUCCUAAUCUUUUUUCUAAUUUUUUUUUCUAGUAACGCGUUUAAAAAAAAAAAAAAUUUGAUUGGCUUGUAAUGUAUAUAUAUAUAUUUUUUUUUUAAUAAUUUUUUCUUCUAUAUCUGCUUUCGUGUGAGAUAUAAUAUAAAUAUGUAUAAAGUAUUAUAUUCAAUUUAUUUCAAUACUAAGCGUCAAUAAUUAUAUAUAGUGUGGUUAUAAAAUUAAUAUACAUUUUUUACAUGAACAAGUUUAUUAUACAAUAUAAAGUAUUACUGAAAAAUAUCUUAUUAUAGGACACAAAUUCAAUACAUUUCAACGUGAUAAUCUUGUAAGUCUCUUGGCACAGCUUCCAUAACUUGAAACAGUCUAAUAUAGCUAGCGUAAUUUUAGCAACACUGCUAUGGUUUUAAUUGUUCUAUACUAUCGAUUCUCAUCUGGUAUACUUUCGAUUUGAUAAAUCACCAGACAAAAAAGUCUAGGGGAGUUAGGCUUGGUGAAGUACGAGUAAUUCACCUAUCGGGAAAAGCUUCAUUCAAGUUAUUUCGAAUAAUUAUGGUAAAAUCGGAUGUUAUUUUAUUUUGGAAAUAACAAUAUCUAUAAUACUGUAUCAAAUGUGAUUGGAAAAAUGUUUGCUAUGAGGUUAUCUCUAAACUUAUAAAAUCAUCACAUUAAAAUUUACUGAAUUUGUGUUCUAUUAUAAGAUAUUUUUUAGUAAUAUCAUAUAUCGUGUAAUAAAACUCGUUUAUUCAGAAAUUGUAUAGCGAUAUUAUAAUCACUCUGUAUUAGCUUUAUAAAUAGAUUUAUAUCGAUAUAUAACUAAACAAUUCAUGCAAUUCGCUAUUAUGGCGAUAUUCAAAUAUUACAAAAAUUUGUGUUUUGUUAACAAUCGAAUAAAUUCAAGGCGUAAUCGAAUGCUCCAAUCAUAAAACACGUACUAUGCGAACUCUAGUAGAUACUUUAGAAAUCAUGCAUGUUGUUUGAUACCUAACCUAAUUUAAUUGGCUUAAAUAUUUCAUGCUGUUUUCUAUUUAAACUAUAUCAAGUUAUAUUAAAUAUUUUUCUAUUUAUACGUGUUAAUAUUGAAAUGGCAUUAUCGAAAGAAUUGAUAAAUCUACUCGAUUCAGACGAAGAACCUUUAAAGAAACGUUUAAAAUUAGCACAUAAUGUUUUCUUUGCAAUAGAUUUACCAAUAACAAGGAAAGAAGAUUUAAUUUUACAAUGGUUAUGCAAAGUUUGCACAAUAAAAGAAGAUGUAUGGAGUUCUUUGAAAUGGUGUCUUAAAUCCGAAAAUUUAAAUAUUAAAAGCUAUAUAAAGAAAUCAUUGAUUGAUGUACUUGUACAGAAAUUAAACGAAAAUUCUUUUAAUAAAUACAAUGAAGUUCUGGAAUGUUGCAAUUUACUGCUUUCAAAUACAGGAAUGCAACAAUAUUUAAGCAAGAAACCAGAGGAUCUUCAAAGUUUAUUAAAGUCUUUAAUACAUUAUAUACAUAUAUAUUUUAAAGAUACUUUGAAUAUCAAAGAUCAUUUUAUAGAAAUAGAUACAAAUACUGCUAAAAGUGUUGAUGAAUCAACAAUUGUGAUAUAUAAUACAAUAUUAAGUGUUAUAGAAAAUCUGAUGCAAAUUUAUAAACAGUCUAUAAAUACAAGAGAUGAAAUAAGUAUAAUAUUUAUACGUGAAGUUUUAUAUACCUUGUGUUCUCUGAUUGAUCAUAAACAGACAGAUAGUACAAGUCGAUUGGGAUUAAUAGCAUAUAAAUGUAUUCAACAAUUAAUAUUUAUGAAAAAUAAGCAUACACAAGACAAAAUAAAUGAAACUGUACUAUCUGAAUUAUUUUUAGUAUUAGCGAGUAAUGUAAAAGCAUUGGAUCUCCAAAAUAAUUUAGAGACAUAUAUUUGUGUUUUUCGUGCAGUUAUUGGAUCCUAUAAAUCAGACACUACUACAUUAGAUAUUAUAUUUAGAAAAUUAAUUAUUUCUGCUGGAAAAUAUAAGAAAGAAAUACUUAUAUCUUUUUUUUAUUACUUUGGUGAUACACCAUUUGAUUUUGAAAAUAAAGUUGAUAAUAUUACUUUAUUGCAAUUCUUUCAACAAAUUAUAGAUGAUAUAUUAUCAGUGAAAAAGUUAAGUCCUGUUGAUUAUAAACUACUUACAAGGAUAACAUAUUUCUAUCCUACUCUGAUUGAAAAGAAGAUUGAUAAUAUUAUAUAUAAACUGUAUUUACAAGAACCAACAAUAGAACAUAAUGAUUUAUUAAUUAGUAUUUUGGAUGCCAGCAUUUUAUUAAGACAAGAAGAUAAGUUAAUUUCACAACUUUUAAAAAAUUUACAAGAAGCUAUUACUAUUGAAAGUGAAUCUGACUUGAUAAUACAAUCAUUUUUUUCACUUGAAUUUAAAAACAAAUUUACCAAAUUGAUCGCUUGUUUCACGAACUCACAAGUUCUGAUAAUAUUAAAAAUUUUGAUAGAUAAUUUAAAUAGAAGUUGUAUGGAAUCAUUGAAGGAUAAUACAACUUGUCAUAAUAUAACAAUAUUGAGAACAGUUGCUGAAUUAUUAAUUGCAUUUUUAAAUGGUGUUUGUAUUUUUGGAAAUACAUCAACUUUAACACAUCAACAAGAAUUCAUAAGUGUUCUUAAUGAGUUAGGAAAAAAUUUAUCUCUUUUGAUAAAAAAAGCCUUGCAUGUAAAUCAUAACACAAAUGUUAUUGCUGUUUUAUUGUCUGUUAUAUUAUCAUGGAGUGAAAUACAAAAUAUGACAAAAUAUUAUGUACCAAAAGUUAAGAAUCAUGAAUUAACAUUUCCUAUUUCGGAUGAUCAUUGGCAACAAUUGAUUCAAAGAAUAACAAAUUUUGGGGAAGAAGAAUGCACAAAUAAUAUGAACAAGAUUAUAAUUCACCGUAUUAAACAUUAUGCCUCAAUUGAUUCUCCUAUCAAAUUUGAUGCUUUAAUAGAUGGUUUGAAAAAUUUUUGGAGUACUAUUUUGAGAUAUGAUUCAGAAAUAAUUUCAUUGUUAAAUGAUAAAGAAAUGUCUGAAUUAGUAUCAUUACUUGUGACAGAUAUGAUGUCAAAUGAAUGUAAAUUUCAUCAGUGGAUGGAAUUAAUAAGCAAAGAAAAUUUACAAGAAAACAGACGAUUUUUAAUAUAUCUUUUAUGCCAUGUUCUUGUACAAAUUGGAACAAUACCAACAAAAGGAGUCACAAAAUCUAUUAUACAGCAUAUUGACACAAAGUUAAUGUUGUCAGCAGAAGUUCUAGGAAAAAAGAAAAUAAAAAAGAUUUUAGAACUUAUAAAAAAAGAAAUACUUGAAUGUAAAUGGGAACAGAUGGAAAAUACAGCAUUUAAUAAAGUUAAGUUGUGUCUAGAUAUUAUAGUUCAUAUGCCAUUAGCAUUUUUUAAAUCUGAUAUUAAAGCUUUAUUACUUAUGAUCAUAUAUACUAUUAACAAAGAAUGCAUAGAAAAUGGAGAUAUAACAACUUUAUGCAAGAAGAUAUUUCUUAAACUUUUUCAAACAACUGGUCUUGAUAUUUUGCAAUAUAUAGAUCCUGUGUCAGUACUAUGUCAAUUAUCUGAAUCUAAAGCUUUUUCAAAAGCAUUAGAACAAUCAUUACGAAAUAUUAGAUCUUAUGAGACACUAAAAACAUUGAUAAAUUCAUCUUCUACUCAUAAAGAAUCUAUGUAUAUUUUCUUGCAAUGCAUAGAAAACGUAAGACAGAAAUUAGAUGUUGAUCAAAAAUUUAUUUUUAAAAAAGCAGAACAGAAACUGUGUAAGAAAAUAUUUAACAUAUUACCAAUGAAUAUUGAAAUGCCUUGUGAUGUAAAGUACUUGACAUUAAUAUUAAAAAUUACUGCUUUAAAUAAAGAAACUGAGAAUACUUUUAGAAAAUGUGCAGAAUUAACAUUACAUAAGAUAUUUGUGCCUACACAAGAAUCACAUUCUAAUGAGUUAUUAGAAGCAGGAUUGCAAUUAGCUGCUAUACUUUUUCAAAAUUAUAAAGAAGUUGAAAUUUCUCCACAAAUCAGAACACAAAUAUGGUCUGUAAUGCUAAAAUUUCCCUGUGAAGAUUUACUUCUACCUCUGAUAGAAACUACUGAAGCUAAACUAUUUCAAAAUCUUCUAAAAUCAAUACAUUUUCAAAUGAUGGAGGAAUUGCCUAAAUUAAAUAGUAACUCAUUAGAAAAUAUUUUUAUUGUUUGGAAUGCUAUACUAAAAUCAGAUAUGUCAGCUAAACGCAAUAAAUUUCGGACAGUAGCAAUUGAAAAUUUGUUUAGAAUUAUUCAAGUUGUAAACAUAUCAGAACAAUAUUGGUCAAGAUUAUUAGAAUUAUUUCAGAAUAUACUCAGUUCUAAACAUUUAUAUAUAUCUAAUAAUAUUAUUGAUAUGAGUAUGAAUGUUGCUUUAAAAGCCUUAGAAAAAAAAACUCUUUCAAUAUGCAACGAUGUUUUAAUAUUAUGUGGAACUUUAAUAAAAGUUAGAAUGAACAUAAUAGUAGAUAAGUUACCGGUAUUCUUAUUAUUAUAUAGACGUGCAAUUGAUAUUAUAAUUCAAUCGUCUAAAAUUGUUAAUGAUAAAGUUGGAGAACAUAAAUGUCGAUGUCUCUUACUUGAUGUUGAAAAACUCACAAUAUGUUUGGUGAAACAGAAAAAGGAUAUGAUGCGUUUAAGUCCAUACGUCAUAGCUGAUUUGAUCAAAUUAUUGUCUGAAGGAGGUUUAAUGCCUUUUGCAAAGAUUUCUUUGGAAAAUACAAUAGCUACAUUAAUCAGCAUUUGUGAUCAACAUGGCAUUGCCUUGUUAUCACGUACUCUCCCAGUAUAUUUGCAAGAAAUGUUUAAAACUCAACUUGAUACUUUUAAUAAAUUUCAUAAAUUUUCUGGGAAGAUUUGAAAUAAAAAAUGAAAUUAAAUGUAAAUAUUUUAUAAACUUUUUAAUAAACUGUUUUUUUUUUGUUAUUCA